AUGUUCUUCAAAGAAACCCUUCAAUUAUUGAUUCACUUGUUCAUUCUCACACAAAUUGCAGGUUAUUCAUACAAUCGACCUGUGCUCUGUUGUAAUUCGACAUGGAAUCCAAAUGGUACAACCGUCCUAAAUGAAACUCUCAUUGGAUCAAAUCUAUUUGAUCUGUUCAUCGAUCAGAAUAAUUCAAUUUAUAUUCCAAAUCAAAAUAAUGGACAAAUCCCUAUGUUUCCUCAAGGAAACUUCAGUUCAAUGGAACAUAUUUCACUUAAUUUAAUAAAUGCAUCAAAUUUGUUUGUAACGGGAGAAGGUGACAUUUAUAUUGAUACAUUUUAUUCAUCAGUCAGUGUGAUAAGUGAAAUGAAAGCGAAUUCGACAAGUUUAAGUUCAAUCCCAAGAAUGAAUUUCUGCCAACAAUGUUUUGAUUUUUUUAUAAGUGACAAUCAAAUUCUUUAUUGUUCACUAUCUGAAUACCAUCAAAUCAUUUCGAAAUCGUUAAUCAAUCAAUGGAAUCAUUUGGUAAUUGCUGCAGGAACAGGAAGUGCUGGUUCAACAUCAAACACACUUCAAAAUCCUCGAGGAAUUUUUCUUGAUGAAACUAAUCAAGAUUUAUAUGUUGCAGAUUGUGGAAAUGACCGAGUUAAAUUUUUUAAAUCUCAAACAUUAACUGGAACAACCAAAGUUGGAAAUGGAUCUUCAUAUAUCACAUUUGAUCUCAGUUGUCCAACAGGAAUUGCAUUGGAUAGUCAAAGUUAUUUAUUUAUUGUUGAUUCUCAUAAUAAUCGAAUAAUCGGACAAAAUUCCAACGGUUUUCGUUGUGUGGUCGGAUGUUAUCAAUCAGUGGGAUCAAGUUUAAAUCACCCACUGAGUCUUAGUUUUGAUUCCACUGGAAAUAUUUUUGUUGUAGAUCAACGAAAUAACCGAAUUCAACAAUUUGAUUUGCUGAGUAAUUCAGCACCUCCACUUACUCUUGCUGGCGUUCAACUCAAUCUCAAUCCUACGUUGUUACCAAGUGGAUGGUCUUUAUGUUAUUCAGCAACAUACGCAACGGCUAUGGGAACAAGUUCCCUUCCGACGAUUUUAUCGUCGUGCAAUAGAACCAACUUAUUACUUGGAUGUCGACCGAUCGGUACAGUGAAUUUGACUAUAGCAGCGAUGGGUCAUCGAAAUGAUGUUCUAUACAACUGUGGAUCCUCAUCUAGUUGUACCCAUAUCGCGAACGGUGUUGGUUGGUAUUAUUCAGAUUCGUACUCAUGGGGUUUCGUAUCUGGUGGUGACAAUGUAACACGAAAUCACUGUGAUAGUGCAUCAACAAAUGCUAUUUAUCGAUUAUGUUGGCAUACUAAAAAUGAUGGUGGAUAUAGAUAUGGUUCAACAACGCUACUUAAUAACAAUACAUCUUGGGAAAAAGUUAUAUAUCAUGCGAACUGA